AUGGAGGAGAGGGCGGCGGGCGGCGGCGGGAGGAGGAAACCUUCCAAGGGAGACGACUACGUAGCGGAGGUGCUACGGAGGUCAUGGUGCCGCCUCCGUCUCUCCGUCCGGCACGCUGCAAGGGCGCCCACUUGGGACGCCAUCUUGCUCACCGCUGCGAGCCCCCAGCAGGCCGAGCUUUACGACUGGCAGCUGCGGAGGGCCAAGCGCAUGGGCCGGAUCGCCGAAUCGACCGUCACCCUCGCCGUCCCCGAUCCGGAGGGCGCCCGCAUCGGCUCCGGCGCCGCCACGCUGCACGCGCUCGCUAUGCUCUCCGCUCAUAUCAUCAGGCUCGGCCUCGUUCCCGAGGUACCCAUCAAGCUCUCCUCAAUAGUACCUCCGAGGAAUGAAACGCUUAUCUACUGCUCCGGAAGCUGACUUUCUGCGAUUGUUCUUCCUUCUUGCCUUAGAAACCUGCAUUACUUGCUGCGAUUUUGCUUCCAUUUCCCGUUUCUUGCAAAGAUUUUAUGUCAUAUUGUGGGUGGACGAAGCCCGUAAUCCAUUCCAAGCAUUCUUCCUCUCCACCAUUUACUGCCCAACUCCUGGAAAAGGCUGCCCAGUGGUUCGUAUAUGAUAACAAUGCAUUGAAAGAAAGGGUUCGCAACAAUGUGAGGUGCUACAGAGGCUUCAAGCUGAAAUUCGUUACUUGGGUUAUCAAUUCUGGCGAAGUGUGUGGUCUUUUAGAAUUUUUCAGUGAUCCAAUGAGAAUGAUCCCUCAUAUCUUGGCUUCCAAAAUAUGUCAGCGGGGCACGUUCAAUAUUCUGUCGGACAGUUUCCUUUUAAGCCAAAAAUAUAUUAAAAUCUAUUAUCUAAGGAGGGCAUUUUUCUUGUAAGAAAUGGUCGUAUGUUUAUGAAAGACAGUGUCGACAGAUUGGCCAUGAGAUUGUUGGAAAUAUGUUGUCAGCGACAUCUAGCACAGAUGAGAAGGAUCCAAGUCUAGAAUGGUCUCAGCGGGGGCAAGGUGUAUGCUCUCAUAGUCUGUUUUAUAUGGUUGGCGAUUCAUCAUUUCUUAUCUAUCAGGAGCUCUCUUUUUGGCCGGAGACUCUGCUAAUGGGCAAGAUUAUACACUUGCUAGAGUGGGGUUGGUCAUCGCGUAGAGUUCUACUAAUUAUGUUCUCUUUAAGUGGUUCUAGAUGCUGAAUGAAGAUCAUAGUUGUUAGUGAAAACAGUGAAAUCACAGUGGUAUAGCCAAAGUAGCAGAUUUUUACUAGCGUGGCGCUAACUUCUUAUUGUCAGUCUGAUGAUAAAAUAUAUCUGAGGUGUUGGGGGGAUGAUCUGAGUGAUGGAUCCUCUCUUGGUAUCAAACCUAGAAAUAUACAUCUGCUGCCCCUGGAGAUGGACAAAUCUAUCUAUCUAUCAUUUAAGAAAUAAUAUCACAGAGAUUAAUAACUUUUCGUUAUUUUUUUACAUCAGAGAAUGUUUUCCAUUUUCGUUCUUCAGCUAAAUGGAAAGAUAAAUAUGGCUGCCGCUCUUUCACCUUAAGUUCCCUGGCAGUUUGCAGCUCAGGAAGCGUGUUGAAUCCAUUGCAAGGAUUCUUACCUCUAUCCAAAUCUUAUGAGUAUAUCCUUUGCGUUUAUUUAUUCUGGUCGUUUGCAAGGAUACUUAAAUUAUUCUGGUCGUUUAUUUAUGGUAUAACGUGAUUCUUUUAAUUGAGUUAAUUGCGAAUAAAAUUAUUUUAUCUUUUCCCUAUCAAACACUGGGAAAUGAAAGACAGAACUGGGACUUGCUGAAGGUAUUAGCAUGCUCUUCGAUUUUUAAUUAAUUAUUAUUUAUUUUUUUAAUAAAAUUAUAUCCUUUGCGACCUAGUUCCCUUUCUAUGGCAUGCAUUUUCUAUUUCGUUAUCAUAUGAAGAUGUGUUUGUGUACUGAUUUUUGGCAGGACUAAUCGAUGAAUCACAGGUACAGGGUGACCUGAAUGAUGACCCCAAUGGCCUGUCCAAGACUGACCUUCUACCCAUGUCAGUGAUAAAGUUUAUGGUCAAGAGUCACAUACUAUUGCUACAUGCCGGAGGUGAUUCUAAAAGGGUUCCAUGGGCAAACCCAAUGGGGAAAGUUUUCCUUCCGCUUCCGUAUUUAGCAGCUGACGACCCUGAUGGACCCGUUCCACUGCUUUUUGAUCAUAUUCUCGCAAUUUCUUCUUGUGCAAGGCAAGCUUUUAAGAAUGAAGGUUACAACGCCUGUGAUCCUGAUGCUUCAUUUAAAGAAGAUUAGUCUAUUGUUGCAAGAUAUCAUCACUAUUCGCAGAAAAGAUUAAAAUGAUCGAACUCUUUCCCAUGAUAUAUCUUUUUCCUGUUUCAUGCUCUCUGUUCCCAAAUGAUCAAAUGUUAAAGGUUAGCCAAACAGUUGGUGCAUUCAAAGAGGAGCUAAAGUGUCAUUUACCAAUGUAUAAUUUUUCAAGGAUAAAUCAGUAUUUUCUUUUAUCAAACAUGGUUCAUCAAUAGCAUUCAAGUGAUCUAGGGGGGCAUUGCCUAGACCUUGCUCUCCUAUAGUGCCUUGUUGCCCGGUUGAUGCCUUGGAGUUUUGUGCCCUUGCUGAUGACGCAUUUGUACACUCGUUGGAUCACUGUUGAGGUCUGCUUUCAUUUUUACUUUGUUUGCAGCAGGUUAAUCCCCAAACAAAGGUUACCAAAAAAAAGUAAACUAGAUUGUUGCAUCUAUCAGAAAUGGACCAUUUGCACCCUGUCAUUAGGUUUUCCUGCUGGAAUAUGCCAAUGAAUUAUAAUUAGCUUUCAAAUAAAUUUCAAAUUAUGUUAACAUCUAAUGCUAUUUGAUGGGUUAUAUUGCAUAAAGGCAAGCUAUCUCAAGCAGGUACGUUCAGUUGAAGAUCUGUAGUGUAUCAUGUUUUUGCUAUGAUUUCCUUUUUCUGCUCUGUUUGGACAUCAUGGACGUUAGUAAUUAACCAAUUUUCUCAUAACACAUUUUCUCCUGAUGGGUUAUUCCUCUUAUAUAUCAUUAGCAGCAAUCUCUAACCAUCUGCAUGUUUUGAGUUAGUAAGACUAUCAUAUAAGAGAUUGUGUCUUUGAAAUCAUAUGUAAAUAAGAUUAUGCAAAUAAUAUAGAAAAUGCUGUCAGAAUAGGAUUCUUUUGUAAUGUAUGUGCCUUUGAAAGUCAGGUUACUACUGAAAAAUGUUCAAUUUUGAAAUCUUCAAUUCAUCUGAAUUCAAAGAGACUCCAAAUGAAACGUCAAUUUCUUCUUUAAUCCUCUUUCAUAAUUCUUACUAGAGGAUAGACAUUGUUACGAAAUUCAAUUUUAUUUAUUUAACUUAUUAAUUCGUCCUCCCCUUGGCAGGUGGAAUCUUCAUUAUGACUGGAGAUGUCCUUCCAUGUUUUGAUGCUUCCAUGAUGGUCAUUCCAACUGAUUCAUCAUGCAUAAUCACUGUUCCGAUUACCCUUGAUAUUGCCUCCAACCAUGGUGUUAUUGUAGCGUCAGAAAAUGAAUCAAUUACCGUGGUUGAAAAUCUCUUACAGAAGCCUCAAAUAAAAGAGCUUAUAGAAAUGAAUGCUGUUCGAAAUGAUGGCAGAGCAUUGCUAGAUACGGGAAUAAUUGCAGUUAGGGGCAAAGCAUGGCUUAAGCUUCUUACUCUCGCAAGAUCAAGCCACAAAAUGAUACUGGAGCUUUUGAAAAGCAGAAAAGAGGUAAGCUUAUUGCCUUACCUCUUUAAAGCUAUAAAUAUUCUGGUUAUGCUGCUUGCAAUAAGUGGGCAUUGAUUAUUACGUAAUGAUUAAAUAAUUUUUCCAUGGUUGUAGUGAUGCUCAUUUGUGCUAGUGUGCGAAACCUAGACAUUCUGGUGUAAUAUUUUGCUUUCAUGGUGUACUGUUGACUUUAUUCUGGUCACUUCAUUUAUCAAAAUGAAAUAUCAGGGAAUCUUAAAAAUGUCACAGAAAUAGGCAGUAUGCAUGUAUUACUGAACACUUUUUUCUGUGGUGCAAAGUGAAUCUUUUGGGCUGAAAAAUAGUUCUAGACAAAAGAAAGUUACUACCACAUCGCUGCGUUCUGUUCUUCCCUAGAACCGAAGAACAGACCAUACGUAUCUUCUCAUGCAUAGUCGAAGGUCAAGCCCAACACUAGCAUAACACUGAAUAAAGAAUGUCAUACGCAAAUUGCGCGGCUAGAAGUGCUUGAUCUUAUGUUACCAACGCCAGUCCUGUAGAACUUCUGACUGUUGACUUUUAGCUCAAAGCAAUUACCUCAGAUAAAUAGUUUUCAUGGUCACUUGCUAAACAAGGCAAGAUUGAAGUCUCUGAUCUUCAUAGUACCAAGUCCUCCAUUUUCCUCGAGUUUGGAGAUGCUUCCCCAGUUCAUGUCAUCUCCUGUAUUUGUUCCACUGCCAUGCAAUCUUAGAAAUCAUGAAUCAAGAUGGGUGCCAAAGGUUUAGGCUAGAUAUAACGCAGCCUUGCGCAAAAGUCUUCCUUCAUAGGAGAGGAUCUUUCCUUCCCCAUUUCCUCUAGCUGAGGAUCCUUGCGCGAGUGGCAUUCCCUGGUAAGACAGAUAUCGCCAAAUACACACCCAAAGGCCACCAUGCCCUUUGAAUGCCGUUCCUUCUUUGUUCAAAUCUGUAAUAACUUUUUUUUCAUAUCUAGCCUUCAAUCGACUGAGUCCUUGGAAAAAUCCAGCAUUCGCAUGAUCACAAACAUCUGUUCAUCAUAAAAUGGUUGUAUCAUAAGAACUUUGAGGAUCAUUGCUAAAUUCGGACGCACGGCUAAAGUCGUGUUACUUACCCUAAGUCCUCAGCUCUUUCCAUCGUUCUUCCAAGAAUCUCUCUAACAGCAAUGAAUGGGGGAGGAGAGGAGGUGUCCCCUGCUUAGCCGUUUUUAACCACGAAAAAGUUUCAUUGGCUCUCCAUUAGCUAAGGUUAGAAUAUAGCCGAAGUAAUGCCAGUUCAGACCCAUGAGGUGAAACAUCUGAAAAAAACAAUCAUAUCUCACUCUGAUGAAAGUUUUCUCGAGGUACAUAUAGAGGAGUAAGAUGUUCAUUUGAACUUUUCGUCCUCUGAUGGAGGCAAUUGGUUUCCCACUAGUCAGUUGAAUUUUCAUAGUUUGGAAGGAUUUGUGAAAUUAUUUCAUUUAUUCCAUGCAACAAAACUGUGGGGCUUGAAUUCUGGCACCUUCUCUACUCAUGCUUGUAAAAGAAAAUCAGGCUAAUCCUGUGGUAUUUCUUCAUCAAUAUCUGUCUGAUAUUAUUCGUCCAAAUUGUUGGAUGUUUUUUAUUUAUUAAUGAUACAUACAGGAAUAGAAAAAUAUUAAAUGCAUCAUGCUUCUUUCAAAAGAACUUACUGGAAGUGAGGCGCACAUCACGACUAAAUCCCUCCAGAUAUUUGCAGAUGAGCUUAUAUGAAGAUCUGGUUGCAGCUUGGGUGCCUGCCAGGCAUGAAUGGUUGAAAACACGCCCUCUGGGGAAGAAAUUAGUCAAAGGCUUGGGUGGUCCGAAGAUGUUCAGCUACUGCGACCGUAUGUUGUUCUCAGCAAAGUUUUACGAUCAUCUCUCCCUUUCAUACUUCUCUCUCUGAAUAAAAUUAACAGAGAAAAUAUAAAAUACUCUGGCAUUUACAAAAUAGGCAUCAUUCAAUUGACAUUCUUAUGUACGCCUCACUUCCAGUAAGGGAGCUUCGAUUUCAGAAUAUGUGUAUUCAUCAUUAAAUUCUAUAAAAUAUAUUCAGAACAAACGUUCAACAUCACUGAAAUAGCACCUCACCCGCUUCAUCGAUUCCUCCAAAGAUUUUUUCACUAUACCAAAAACCCAGCAUGAAGUUGCAUGUCUCACGGUAAGAUUUCAUUGAUAUUUAUUGAAAACCCACUCCAUUUGGUCGCAGAUAAUCUUAAAUUCUUGCAUUUCGGAACUUCCAGCGAGGUUCUGGAUCACUUGAACGGGUCUUACUCAAGACUUGUGGGUCGGCGGCAUCUGUGUUCUGUCCCUGCGACCACUGUCUGUGACAUCGCUGCUUCUGCAACCAUUCUUUCCAGCAAAAUCUCCCCAGGCGUCGCAGUCAGUGAGGAUUCCUUGGUUUACGACUCAUCAUUGUCCGGAAAUAUACAGAUUGGUUCUCAAGCAAUCGUGGUCGGAGUAAACAUCGAGGUAGACAGCGGGUAUAAUAACCCUGUCGGCAGUCUGCCACACUUCAUCCUGCCCGACCGCCACUGCCUCUGGGAGGUCCCCCUUGUGGGACACACAGGGAGAGUCGUCAUCUUCUGUGGUCUCCAUGAUAACCCAAAGGCUCCAUUCACUGGGGGCGGCACCUUCUGUGGGAAGCCGUGGAGGAAGAUCUUGCUCGAACUCGGCAUUCAUGAGAAGGAUCUGUGGCCUUUCUCGGGGGUGAACGAGCCAUCUCUGUGGAAUGCGAAGGUCUUUCCCAUCCAACCAUACUUCAAGAUGCUUGGUCUGGCCAUGUGGCUCAUGGACUUGGGCGGCAGCGGUGACGGCUCCAUGCUUUCUCUGUGGAGAGACUCUCACCGGAUCAGCCUGGAGGAACUGCACCGAUCCGUCGACUUCCCACUGCUCUGCAUGGGCUCGAGCAAUCAUCAGGCAAAUCUCGCCGCUGAAAUCUCCAAGGCCUGCAUCAACUACGGGCUGCUCGGUCGCAACCUGUCUCAGCUGUGCACAGAGAUCCUGCAGAAUGAGAUCGCUGGUGUGGGAAUCUGCAGGGACUUCCUCUCUCUUUGCCCCACGCUUCAAGAUCAGAGCCCCAGUGUCCUCCCCCGGAGCAGGGCGUACCAGGUGCAGGUAGAUCUCCUCAGGGCCUGCGGGGAAGAAGGUGCUGCCUCCACCAUCGAGCAGAAAGUCUGGGCUGCAGUCGCUGAUGAGACCGCAUCGGCUGUGAAAUAUGGUUUUGGAGGUAAAAAGCUUUCUUCUUUUAACGUCGAAUCCGUAUGCUUUCAACUCUGGCAUCUGUUCAACGAUUUCUUUCUUCUGGGUUCGUCUUUGCUGCUGUCAGAUUCCUCCGAGGGCGAUGCGCGCAGUGGGAGCAUGCUAAUGCCUUUCCAAGUAAGAACAGUGAGGAUUGACUUACCAGUGAGGAUAGACUUCGUCGGAGGGUGGAGUGACACGCCGCCAUGGAGCUUGGAGCGGCCGGGCUGCGUCCUGAACAUGGCUGUGGGCCUCGAAGGCUCCCUCCCUGUUGGAAUCAUGAUGCAGAUGACAGAAGCUCGGGGAGUCCACGUAUCUGACGACCUGGAGAACCAGCUGUUCAUCGAAGAACCUUCCUCUAUCGCUGCCCCCUUCAGUGAGGAUGAUCCAUUCCGGCUUGUUAAAUCCGCCCUGCUUGCGACGGGCAUCAUCCGCAGCAGGAUUUUGUCGGCGUUGGGUCUGAAGAUCAGGACGUGGGCAAAGGUUCCCCGCGGCAGUGGCCUGGGGACGUCAAGCAUAUUGGCGGCAGCAGUGGUGAAGGGGCUCCUCCAAUUGAUGCAGGAAGACGACGGCAAUGACAACGUUGCCAGGAUCGUUCUUGUCGUGGAACAGGUCAUGGGCACCGGCGGAGGAUGGCAGGAUCAAAUCGGAGGCCUGUACCCUGGGAUCAAGUGCACCUCAAGCUUUCCUGGGCUGCCGCUGAGGCUGCAGAUCAUUCCCCUCGUUGCCUCUUCCAAACUGGUUGCAGAGCUUCAACAGCGUCUUCUUCUGGUGUUCACCGGCCAGGUUCUCUCUCUCUCUCUCUCUCUCUCUUCAACCGUCUUUCAAGUCAGCAUCGUCAUCAUCUAUAGUUGUGACAGUUCUGUCUUGGUUGCAUGAAGGUCCGGCUUGCACAUCAAGUGCUGCAGAAGGUCGUCGUCCGCUACCUCCGGCGGGAUAACCUGCUGAUAUCCAGCAUCAAGCGGCUCACCGCCCUAGCAAAGCAGGGGAGGGAGGCCCUGAUGAGCUGCGACCUCCAGGAGCUGGGGGAGAUCAUGCUGGAGGCGUGGAGGCUGCAUCAGGAGCUGGACCCCUACUGCAGCAACGAGCUCGUGGACCGACUCUUCACCAUCGCCGACCAGUAUUGCUGUGGGUACAAGCUUGUUGGUGCCGGUGGCGGAGGCUUUGCCAUGCUCCUCGCCAAAGACUGCGGCCACGCCAGCGAGCUCCGCCGGUUGCUUGAAGGGUCUCCUGAUUUGGGCGUCAAGGUGUACAAUUGGAGCAUAUUUCUUGACCAACACAUUGUCGUUUCUCCCUCUUGA